CCUAGCAAGGGAGGCUGUUGGUUGAAAAUACCAACUUUACUUGUUUCAUUACAAGUUAAACUAAUCUUACCCUUCAUUUAAAUGUUCAAUAUGACUUAUCUGUCAUGAUUUACCUUUAAUCUAAAUUCAUUUCAAAUUUUGACUUUUUCACUUUUUCUCGUUUCAUCUUCCAACUUCACCAAUAAUGACUCUGACUAAUAUUUAACACUUUAAUCAGUCAUAGUUCAUCAUCAUGAACUUAAUGAUUCAUAAUUAGUUUUGACCUGAUAAGUCAUUUUAGAGUAAACUAUGAAAAACCCUUAUUUUUACCUUUUCCCGUACAUUUCAUUAUAUGUAGCUACUGAAUCAGGAACCUCUGGUAUUCCUCGAUAUUUCUACAUAUCGUUAGCUUCCUCUCGUUAAGACAAAUCUGUUGGUAACAUUUGUUUACCUGUACGACUCAUAGUUCAUGAGAAAACCUCAGUUUCUCCAUGAACUAUGAACCCUCAAAAGUCCUAGGGAAAGUGCCCACUGUACCUCAACCAUUCAUCCUAAUAACUUGAUCUUUUCUUUAAUCAUUUACUAUUGGCCUAAUCUAACUAACUACAACAUCUAAUUUCACCUCUUAAACCUAGAAGCUAUUUUGACCCUUCAACUUGACCAUUUUUACCUACUUAAGCUAUUUUCAACCUCUUGCUACGUACAAACACAAAUCCCUAGAGGAACUCAAUUUCCUGGUUUUCUUCCACUCGUCCAUCUUAACCGUCAAACAAACUCUUACUCACCGAGGACUCAAAAGGGCUGUCUUACCUGCCCUACUAUAAAUACCUAAAAUGUCACCUUAACACUCAGUGUGUAUCUUUGUCUUGUAUUCAGUCUGUUUUGAACUUAACUAGUUUCUGUAUCUUUUUUGUAUUGUCCUCUUGGUGUUAAUUCACUUAAGUUGAAUCUGUCAAUUGCUUCUUCAUCAUCUUUAACAAUUUUGAAUAAACUUGUUUAAAUUGAAUAUUUUGACUUCAUGUCUGUUUGGUCUGAAUAUUGACCGUGUGUUUUGUUUUAUUUGAUUCAUCUUAACCUUAUUGAAUUCACCAUCAUAACCAACAAUAUGCAUACCUGGACAUUGUUAUUGUCACCCUUUUAUUGGCCUUUCCAGUUAAACAAGAGUCACUAUCAAUUAUUGCUUCUCUUUUAUUACCACUUAACAUGGAACUGUUUGGCGAUUCUUCAACGAUCACCAUCAACUUGAAUGAAGACCCGCAACAAGUUACUUUGUUCAACAAUGAAACAUGGACACCACCCACUGAUAACAUUAUUAAAGAACCUGAAACUUUUUCCAUCGCAGAAACCAUCAUAAUUGCCUUUAUUACUGGUUGCUUCAGUAUAAUCACUAUCGUUGGUAAUGUUAUGGUGAUGAUUUCAUUCAAAAUGGACAAGCAACUGCAAACAAUCUCAAAUUAUUUCCUUUUAUCAUUAUCAAUUGCUGAUUUCUUAAUUGGUUUGAUAUCAAUGCCACUUUUUUCACUUUACACUCUAUUGAACAGAUGGCCACUCGGACCAUUUAUAUGUGAUACUUGGCUUGCUAUUGAUUAUUUAAUUUCAAAUGCCUCAGUUUUAAACUUGCUCAUCAUAUCUUUUGACAGAUAUUUCAGUGUAACUAGACCGUUAACUUACAGAGCAAGACGAACCACUAAAAAAGCUUGCAUUAUGAUAGCAACAACAUGGAUCAUAUCCUUACUUUUGUGGCCUCCAUGGAUAUUUAGCUGGCCUUAUAUUGAAGGUAAACGGACAGUGCCACAUGACCAAUGUUAUAUUCAAUUUAUUGAAACCAAUUCAUAUAUUACCUUUGGCACUGCAAUUGCUGCCUUUUAUAUACCAUUAUUUGUGAUGAUUGCGCUUUAUUGGAGGAUUUGGCGUGAAACUGAGAAACGUUAUCGCGAUUUAACCACACUUUUCCUGGUAUCAACUGUCGGUGCUUCCAAGGGCAGCUCUGGUAAUGGGUUUUCAGGUGGUGCUCGAGGAAUCGGUGGCAGUGGAAUGGUCGUGCUCUCAAGGAAAAAUACAUCCUCAUCAUCAGAGGGUCAGGUUAUAACGACAACCACAACAACCACUUCAAAUGAUAAAAGAUCAGCUUCUUUUGAGGCUAAAUCUUUGUCUUGUAAAUCAACUAGUUGGUGGCUUUGUUGGACCAAAUCAAAAAGUCAUUUUACUGAUUGUGAUUGUGAUCAAAGUGAAACUGUUUCAACUGGCAAGGGAAAUCGUAAUUUUAGAUACAGAUUGUCUCAUCGGAAAAACAAGACACAUUACGACCGUAAUCACAGUGGUUAUACUUGUUCAAAGAAUAACAAAAAUUUAAACAAUAUUAAUAUUAAUGAUAAUAAUGAUAGUGUUAAUAAUAAUAAUAAUGAUAAUAAUAAUAAUCAACAUCAGCUUCGUAAGAGUAGUAAAGAUAAUACAGUGAAAAAUGUUUCUUCUGUCAAUGUUGCAUCUCAUAAUAAUAGUAAUAAGAUUGUUUCAAGGGAAGAUGAUAUUUCACCGAGUCAAACAUCAACUGGAACUGGUGAACUUGCAGAUUCACUGAAGGGCAGUGAAUCAAUUUAUACAAUUGUUAUUAAAUUAUACGGUGACGAGGAUCAUAAUCAUACAAUUAAAAUGAUUGAACACAGUGAUACUCUUGAAUCGGAUAAAAAUUUGUAUUGUCCCGGGUCAACUGUUGCUGAUGUACAGCAACGACAGCAGCACCAUCAACCUUUACAAUUUCAAUCACAUCAUUACAAUGUUAAAACACGCCAUUCCAAUCAGUUUAACCAUCAACACAGCCUUGAACAAGGUUCAACCUCCAGUGGUUCCACCAUUGCCAAAUCUCCUGGUAACCUCUCCAUAUCUGGUUCUGGUUCCAAUCCGCGUAGAUUAACCUCUAAUCCAUCCGGAACUUCAAUUCAUCCACAGCAACCUAAAAGUGAAAGGAAAGCUGCUAAAACCUUGUCAGCCAUUCUACUUGCUUUUGCCAUCACUUGGACUCCUUAUAAUGUUUUAGUUUUAAUUAAUUCACUUUCAGGUAGAUCAGAUGAUGGCGAAAAAAUUGUCCCCAAGUCAUUAUGGGACUUCUGUUAUUACCUUUGUUACAUCAAUUCAACCAUUAAUCCUCUCUGUUAUGCACUUUGUAAUGCCACUUUUAGACGGACUUACAUAAGGAUACUCAAAUGUAAAUGGAGUUCAAAGAAAAACAAGCAACAUCGAAGACAGAAACAUUGGAACUUGGAAUAAAGAUUUAUGAUUCAAAUGGAUAAUCAUAAUUGAUUUGCGUGACCAUAAGUUGGCAAAUUUAAACAGAGAAACAUGAAUACUGAUUUGCUGGAGAUACUUUUAGGAGAUAUUUGGAUUCCAAACAAGACGCAAAUUCGGCAAAACCUGGAGAAAUAAUCAAUUACAUUAAUGAUUGAUUAUUGAUCAAGUAUUUCUCAAUACAAAUCGACAGUCAACUAAAAGAAACAUGGAAUCGUCAAGAUAUUGAUUUAUAAUCAAAUAGAUUACUAAAGAAUCAACUAUGCAGUCAACUCGAGUCAUCUUUUUUGUACUUCCAUUGAUAUUUGGAUUUCAUAUUUGUUGAUUAUCCAGUUAACUGUUAUCAAUUAGCCUUUUUUGACAAUAAUUGAUGUCAACAAUUUCUUCUCCCUACUUUCCUUGGAUUACAAUUACUACACUUGAAGCUAUGGAUCCAGAUAGAUUUACAUAACAACACAAGUCAACAGAACCAAAGCCAAACUGAACGUUAUUACGAUGUAAUUGUGCUCACAAAAGCACAAAUGUUGGAAUAAAUUUCUUUGCUCAAUCGAAAUCAAUUGGAAUUUUUUUCUACAAUCAAGUCAUAUGUUAUUAUUUCAUGAUGACCAUUUUAGUAUUUGGCAGCUGAUCAAGAAUUAAAGUCUGGAUGGUUACAAGGGAUUUAAAGAAGACGAAUUGGAUAUUUCACUUAAUUGUCCAGUUUAACAAUUGAACAAAUACAAAGACAAGUAAAUGGAAAAAACACAAUUUUCAUUUCAUUAGAGACAAAAAAGGCAAUUACAAUUGUUCGAGCUUCAACUACAAAUCGAUGCCUUAACUUAAUUCUAACUUGAUCAUUUUGUAAUGCAAUUCAAUGCUCUAAUUUUACUCGACAUUUAAAUCGUUAAAAUUUACCGUUAAUUUAACUGACCUGAUCAACUGAUAUCAUUAUUUGUCCCCUGUUAAUUUCAUUUUUUGCCAAUCAAUAUAUUACAAUUUUAGUUCUGGCUAAUCAAAUCGAAAAAAAGUAUCAAACAAACAAACAAACAAAUUUUUCUCCUUCAAACCUUCAAUGUCUUUUCACUAAUCACCUCACAUCUCUUGAUCAGAUCUGAUUUAACAAUUACUCUUUACCCUUUUGUUUACUGUUACCUUUUAAUGUACAACAAAACAAUUAAUGUUAACCAAUUUACGAAUUCAUUUCCAUCAGAUCAAAUUAACUAACCAAUAACAUUAACCAUCAAUUGACUUGAAAACUCACUAGUCUUUUGAUUUGACUCCUUAUUUUUACUUGUCAGUAUCAACUUGAAUAUUGUUAAGACAUUAAGCAAGAAAACAAUUAAUAUCAUUAACACGAAAAGAUAAUAUCUUUGUAGAUACAAAUUCCGUUCCAAAACAAGCCCAUUGUAAUCCUCUUAUUUAAAAUUAAAAUGAUUCAAUAAAUUACAGCUCUUUAAAAAAACGAA